CCGUACAAAGCCCCGCCGCCCGGGUCAGCGCGAUCGGCGGCGGCCCCGCUGCGGGGGAGCGGCAUGGAGGGAGCCGGGGCGCUGCUGGCCCGCUGCCCCGCCGGCGGGCUGGGCGUUACGGUCUGCGCGGCCGCCGCCGGGCUGCUGCUCUACCGCAUGGCGCGGAGGAAGAAGCCCACGCAUGUGACAGUGAACUGCUGGUUCUGCAAUCAGGACACGGUGGUGCCGUACGGGAACCGCAACUGCUGGGACUGCCCCAACUGUGAGCAGUACAAUGGAUUCCAAGAGAAUGGAGACUACAACAAGCCCAUCCCUGCUCAGUACAUGGAACACCUUAACCAUGUUGUGUCAGGUGCUGCAACUUUCUGUGAUCCUACCAAACCACAGCAGUGGGUGAGCAGCCAAAUUCUGCUUUGCAAGAAAUGCAACAACCAUCAAACCACAAAAAUCAAACAGCUGGCUUCAUUCUCGCCAAGGGAGGAGGGCAAAUAUGAUGAGGAGAUUGAGGUGUAUAAGCACCACCUGGAGCAGACCUACAAGCUGUGCCGGCCGUGCCAGGCUGCUGUGGAGUAUUACAUCAAACACCAGAACCGGCAGCUCCGGGCACUGCUGCUCAGCCACCAUUUCAAACGCCGUGAGACAGACAAGACCUAUGCUCAGAAUUUAUCUCCAUCCUCCUCUUCUGCUUCCAUAACCACACCACUUCAGGUGAUAUUCCUGCGGUUCUUGGCCUUCCUCAGCUGUGCAUUCCUGGUUCUGAUGGCCUUGUAUGGGUCAGGCAAUCCCUUCUCACUCCGUGCAGCCGUCUCUGCUCCUCUCUCCUCUGCUCCAGCAUCCAUUCAGAACAGGACUGGCACAAGCUUACAUGCAGACUUGGAAAAUGGCACUUCAGUGACAGUGACAGGCUGGCGAGAGCUGCUCCUCCUGCUCCCAGAAAAGAUGGUGGAGAACCUGAGUGCUGCAUGGGCUUAUGGGAAGAAUCACCAGAUUGCAGUUGCUGUCCUUGGGCUCUUCACCUGCUUGUUGGCCAUGUUCUUAGCUGGGCGGAUCAGGCUCCGGAGAAUUGAUGCGUUUGCUUCAGUCUUGUGGUUCGUAGUGAUGAGUCUGCAUUUGGCUGAGAGGUACCUGAAGACAGAAACCCCCAGCUGGCUGGACACAGCCAAGUUUGGCACCACGUCCUUGUGCUGCUUGGUGGGCUUCACUGCAGCAGUGGCCACGCGGAAAUCAACGGGCCAAAGGAGAUACCGGCCCCGAAGGUACCUUUCUGGGGAUUCCAUUGCUCUCUUUCCCAACGGCACAGGGACUGGCUUCUCUUCCUCUCCUACGUCUCUCUUUGUCCCAACACCACCCAGUAUUCUCCAUCUGACAAGCCAGCAGCUCCUCAGAUCACCAUGCAGAACUUCUUCCUCCUCUCUUCCUGGUCGUCUCAACAGGGCACUCUCGCUGGGCACCAUCCCCUCCUUGGCCAGAGCAGAUUCUGGCUACUUGUUCAGUGGAAGUCGACCAGCCUCACAGUCAUCUCAGUCCAAGGAAUCUCCUACAUCAGAGCACUUCUCCCUGCUGUCUGGGAGCUGUGCUCCCUCCCGCAUCCCCUCCCCAGCCCCAUCCGUGGCAGGCUCUGUGACCUCCAGCUCCAGCUCCUUGCGGUACCGCCGGCCACUCAUCAGCCCUGCCCGCCUGAACCUGAAAGGACAGAAGCUGUUGCUUUUCCCAUCUCAGAACGAAGCUCUGCUCACCCCAACGAGCUCAGAGGAGCACACCCACUCCGACAGCAACAUCUUUGCCACCGAGUUGUCCUCCUUUCCAAAGAAGAACCUCAGCGAGCGGGGAAUGCAUGAUAUGAGAUCUGCUGUGGAAGGAGGGAGCAUUUGCAGUGACAAUUCCGUCAAGAAGGAGGAUCACUCAUCACACUCAUCUACCUGUGUAGUAGACACAACUACCAAAGGGGAAGAUUUGACAGGCUGGAGAGGUCGUUUUGGUAACUCUGCUCUCCGAGGCCUGCUAGCCGUGAGUCUGACUCUCAAUGCCAUCUUCACAUCAGCCUAUGUCUACAGGAGCCUGCGUUGAUUUGUGCCAACACUCCCUUUCUUUCUGAUUCCACCUGCUCUGAGAAGACAAGAAGAACUCAACCACGGCUUCAUGUCUAAUGGCCAUGCCACUGGUGCAUGCUGUUUUUUAAAAAACUACUGUUUGCUCAGCUGUCAUGACAAGGAACCCAGGUAGCUGCUGCUAUCACUUCCAGGUAGAACAUACCACUGGAUUGUCCCUUGGAGGUGGCAAGCAGAAUUGCCAGAAAGUUCCAGUUCAAAUCAAGAGGCCGGUCAAAUGGCCCACGCACUUUCUUUCAAAGGAACUGACCUGAGACACAAGCCUGAAAAUGUGUAAGCUACAUUUUUAGGAACCUAUCCCCAGAUCUUCUCUCUGACAUAUUAACCUCGUGCUGAUGGUGCUGGUAAAAUGAGGAGAAUUAGAACAAAUGCUGGAGCUCCAGCUGGAGCUGGAGAAGAGAGCUUUAGUAGCUGGUGCUGGGCUUUGGCUUCUGAAACAGCAUUCCCAGCCUCUUUGCCCAGUGGUUUCUCUUCUCUUCCCUUUGGCACUCUCCUCUAAACUAUCAAUGGAUUUUCUUUCGUUGCCUUAAGCUUGCCUAAGCAUGUGGGUGACCUUGGCUGCUUUGUCAUAUUCUUGCAUAUUUUAUGUCCAUGUGCUUCCACCUGGGCUGUGCCCUGAGGCCACUGUCACCAGCUGCCAUCCUGGUCCUGGUUCUCAGAAGCUGUUCUGCAGUACCCCACCAGCACUGUUGCUGUAGGUAUGCACAAACCCCAAACAAUUCCUCCCUUUGUGGUUUGCAUUCAAAGGAACCUGGUGUUUUGCUUUACCCAAGAGGUAUUCAUUCAGUUACCAUGAAUUCUGUCAGAAGAAAGGAUCCCUGUGUGAUUUGCACAGUAGUCAAAGAGCUUCAGCUCACAGCUCUGACCGCUGGUGUUUUCACUGAAGCAACGAGUGGCAAAGCUUGUUCUUGCUGUAAAUUGCACAAAUCUGUUCAGUUAGAAGACAUGUGAGGAGCUGUCUGAUUGUAUAUACUUAUCCAGAAACUUUAUGCCUCAAUCUGAUAGUGGGAUUUGCUAAGUAACCAUUUAAGAUAAUUCUUAUUUAGUUAAAUGCCAAGGUGCUCUCAGUGGGAAAUACUAACCCUGCUUCUGGACCAGCCUUCUGGGUUGAUUCUUCUUUUCUAACCCAAUGGAAUUAGCCCUAGAUUUUCAAAAGCAGUUUAUAAUUUGGGCACUUCUGCUCUUGGGUGAGUCUUCAGCAUUGCUUAGAAUUCAGGGGCCAUCAGAGUAUUGCAUUAAAUGCUCUAAAUCAUUUAGUACAUCUUAGGGAAAAAAAUCUUUAUAUUGUUUUGAUUCUUAAAUCCCAACAUGUCAAGGAUACCUGGUGAAAUGAGAGCCAACUGACAUUAGCUAUGUGUUUCCUGAAGCAGGAGUGACUAUUUAGAGUUUUGUCUAUUGUCGCUUCCUUUGGGCUCCUUUACCUCAAACUUGCUUUCUCUUUUCCUCACCCCAUUGUCCUGUCUUUGCAUCUUGAAUUAUGGUGUUAUGCUUACUGUGUCUUUUCCUCCCCUUUAGUUCUGCUGCUGUUCCCUGUGCUGUAUUCCUGCAUGUGCACAGAAACAAGAGUAUCUCUGAUGAUAAUUCCCUGCCCUGAACCUGAAAUUCACCCCUCAGAGUAAUGAUCACUCUUCCUUUCACUUAAUUUUUUUCUUGCAUGUUUUGAGUUCCUACCACAGCCUCACUUAGUCCAUCAUGUGAGUGAGAGCCACACUCUGAUCAGCAUGCUCUAUGGCAGAUUAAAUGGGACUUCACUGCUGGUGAUCUGAGCACUGAAAAAUUCUCUCUUUGGCUCUUCCAUUUCUUCCUGCAUUGUUUCAGCAGCCCAAUUGCAGCCACUCUGCCCCGUCCUCCCUUGUUAGUGAGACCUGCUCAUCACCUACUCUGUCUUAUAGGCAGGGACAGAGCUCUGCCCACUCGUGCUGAUCUGAGAGGCUGUGGAAAUGCCACUCCUGACUCUGCACCCUUCUCUCAGCCUCUUUGGAGUGCUGGUGAAGGGCUGCACAGCCGCCACCUCCAAGACAAAGGCCUAGAUCCAGGGUGGAGAACUUUAACAGAAAGAUGUGCUGCAGGUUGACAAUUAAUUAUCUUGUAGUUUGUUUGAAUUGCUCCCUGUAGCCAAACCUGAUCCAUAACCUUGCUUUUUAAGAGAUUUUUGUCCCUUUUAUAGAAUUCUGCAGGCUCACUUGAGCAUGUGUGUAGGCACGAUCCUAGCAGGCCAACUUACAAGCUUCUGUUGAGACUUUGCAGUUUGAGUUUGAUGAUAUCCUGGUGCAGUGUGUGACAUCACAUUCACUGAUCCUUAUCCUGACUUCCAGCAUACCCAGGGGGCUCCUAUGCAGAGACAAGCCUGCCAGAGAAUAUUGUGGGUUUCCUUGUCUUUAUUAUGCCAACAGAUGUGCACUGUGACUUCACGUAUGCAAACUUCCCACUUUCACCUCCCAGUCUGCGCUGAGUUUUACCAUCACCCUCACCUGGAAUCCAAGUUGGUCUCUGUCUCUACCAGAUUGCACUACAAAUUCUCUCCUCCUUUUCAGCAACCAAGGAGCUGCAGCCUCUCAACGCACCUCUUUCUGCCCAUAUUCCAGAACAGGAACACUUUAACCUGUCACUGCACUUCUGAAUCUGCUUACUGAAACUGUUCCUGGAAGGGUGUUUGGUGACCUUGUCCAAAGCAGUAUAAAGACUUUGGAUUUUAUUGCUGAAGAGGGAAGACAACCAGCUUUUUCAUUCUGGUGCUAGAACACUCACCAGUGGUGCUUUCACAGCUGUGAAGCCUUCGUUUGAAUAGUACACGAGAAUAUGUGUGUGUGUGUGCAUGCGUAUGUAUAAAAACACUUGGAGGGUUUCUUCAUUUCAAAAGAUCUGAGCCCAUGUUUGUCUUUAUAUUGUUGGCCUUAAUCUUGCUCUUAGAUACUGUGUCUCUCUUGCUGCUGUUUUCUAUAUGAAGCUGGGUUAGAGGAAAACAAAAUAUUAUCUGGUCCCCCUGUAAUAAUCUUUGUUGACUGAUGAUGUUGAUCUUCAUACAGUGUUGUUCAGGGGUGAGAUUUUAUUUUUCUAACAUUUUUCCUACUGUAAAAACUGUUGGAGUGUAUGGAAUGGAAAAGAUAUUUACAAGGUGGUCUGAAAAAGGUUUGAGCAUUACUUUAUUAAUACCAACAAUUAUGAGCAGGUGGGAUACGUGAGCUCCAUUUCCAGACCUUUUCCAUUACCUACCUUCCUUUGAAAAUGCCCAGGUGCUUUUCCUUUGGAUAUGGGCUUGUUCUGAGACCUUGCAGAGACUUUUGAUGAUUUUGCUGUUCUGAAUUAGGAAGAAGUUGGAUUCUAGGGUCUGGUUCCAGUUCUGCAGUCUGGGUAGUUUGAUAGAUGUGACAAAUAUUAUGCACGUACCUAUUUGAUGGGGUGGAGCUGGUAGAAUGAGUUGCUCAUUUCUGAAGGUCAUCAUGUAUUUCUACAUGAGAUCUUAGACAUGAAAUUGGUCACUGUGGCAAUGUGGGGAAAAAACUCAUUUGCCAGAUUCACUGAAUUUUAGAUUGUCUGCUCAAGCAACAGAUUUGGCCUGUGAAUGUUUUAUUCCCACUCCCUCUUCUCGGGUGUGAGAACAUCUGUAAAACACUGCUCAGCUGGCUGGAUUCUUUAAAACAGGGCAGCUGGAAUAAAGGGCUUGUGUUGCCUGUGGAUGCUGCUAUAUUUUUUUCUUCCAAUCACCAUUCCUGGAAAUAACUAUGGUCUUAACCUCUCUCACAGACAUUUGUUAGAAGCCUAGAAAGGGCCCAUUUGGCCAAUACCGCUUGUUUUUUUUUCAAUAUAUGUUGCAUCCAGAAAUUAUCGUCACUCUGUCCUGUGGUGGGAGUAAGGGACAGAGCAUUUUUUGGAUGGAGUGGGUAUCUAGAGAGGCUGAGGAGGACAAUUCUGAGUCCUAACCCUUAUUUCCUGUGAAAGAAAUAUUGUAUGUCAUGUGUGUAUACCUGUUUGGGGAGCUCUUAACACUGUACAGUUUAGUUAAAUGUUUUCCAAGGGAGGAGAAGCUGUUCCUCAGAGGUUUUUAGUUCAUGCUUUGUGUUUAAAGAGGAAUAUUUUUCUUUAAAAAAUAAAAACGGAUAAGUUUUCA